AUGCCUCCCGCUACACGGUCUGGCGGAAACGCCAAACCAUCCUCCAGUAAACAUACCCUCGAAGAUGAUGUCGACUCAAGCGGCCACGGCACGCCAAAGAAACCUGAUGCAAGCUCAGGAACGACGCUUGAAUCACUGCUCACGCGGGCUCUUGGUGGCGCGAAAGAGCUUGAGCGCGAGAACGACGCCCUUCGGAAGAAGGUCAAGGCCCUCGAGAGCAGACUGGAUCGGGUUGUCGAGCAGGAUGACGCUCCCCAGCAACCCAGAAGGAAAAGUAAGAAGGCGCCCGCGACCGCAGCCGAGCUCAGAAGCCAAGUGACUCAGCUGAACAAGCAAGUGAAAAGGCUAGAGAAGUCAAACGAGAAUUACCGACAGAGAGUGCACCAAUUGAGCAUGAAAGAGUUCAAGUCUGAGGCUGAGGAUCUGCUGGACGUAGCUGACCUCGAAGUGGGCGACUCUGCACACGCUAUGCGCAAGCUUCUCCGCAAGUUCUCGGACCUCAUGCUGAGCAACUCCUUAGACGGAGACGAGCAGUGUCCAAUUUGCCUCGAACGCUUGCAGCCUAAGCUGACCCGCAGGUAG